CAGCAGUGUCAUUAUACACUGAGAGUGCUGCAUGCGAUAUAUUUUGUAAGAAAUCCGGUUCUCAGCUAUAUGAUCAGCAUGGGUCUUAUAUUCAUUUUUUCAAUCUUGUGCAUGGCAACCAUAGUUUACUCUGAUACUUAUAAUGUAAUGGAUUAUGGAGCUGUUGGAGAUGGAAAAACAGAUGAUUCUGAAGCUUUUAACAAGGCAUGGGCAGCAGUUUGUGGUGCUUCUCAACAAGGUCGUCACUCUCUCUAUAUUCCUAGUGGCAAGACAUUCUUACUAACGCCUAUUAAGUUUGAAGGUCCAUGCAAGUCAUCUGUUCAAGUUCAGGUUUUGGGUGAUCUCGUUGCACCUGGGGAUUUAUCAAGUUGGAAAGGACAUGAUCCAAGUAAAUGGCUCGUCUUCAGAGAUAUCAAGGGAUUUGAAAUAUCCGGAAAUGGAAAGCUUGAUGGACAAGGGUCCAUCUGGUGGCAAUCUUGCCCAGAGAUGAGUGGCUGCACCAGACCAACUACACUCGCACUCGAUGGCGUUUCCGACUUUAAUCUUCAAGGAUUAACAUCCAUCAACAGCGGAAGAAAUCACAUUUCUAUAAUAGGUUCCCGAGGUGGAUCAGUUUCUUCAAUUAAAUUAAUAGCACCUGAUGAAAGCCCUAAUACUGACGGCAUUGAUCUUUCCUCCUCAUCCUACCUUCAAAUCCUUGACAGCUUUAUUGGAACUGGCAAUGUUGGGAGCUUAGGAAAAAAUGGAGAGACUGCGAGGGUGGAGGAAAUACAUGUGAAAAAUUGUACUUUUAAUGGAACUCAAAAUGGAGCGCGGAUCAAGACGUGGCAAGGGGGGCAAGGAUAUGCCAGAAAGAUCUCAUUUCAAGACAUCAUAACCAUCGGGGCUAAAAAUCCUAUUAUUAUUAAUCAGUACUACUGUGACGGAUCCUGCAAAACACAAAACCAAAAAGAUAUGGGCCUCCUUGCUCCCAUGGAAUGAUUCCAAAUUAAAUUUUCUUUUACUAUUGAUCUAGGAAAAUCUUUAAUGUUGUAAAUUGUAAUAGUACUUUUUUAAUUUGUGUUCUUAGAGCAGAAGUUAAAAGUGUAUUUAUUGAAUUUUUUUAUCAUUAAUUUGUAUGAAAAAUUAUGAAAAUAAACUUAUUUUUAACAU